AUGGUGUUUCUUACUGGGGCGUAUUCCGCCCCAAAAUCUGAAUUUGUACGCAUCGUCAUUUCAUCUAACGAAGGCGAAAUCCAAUUAAACCUUCGAAAACCGGAUACCCCAAUUUUCCAUGAUAACUUCAAGGUCAUUUUGUCAACCCGAAGUGAAUUAGGUGAAACUAUUCUGCUUGAUGGAACACCAUCGAAGGAAAUAAUUUCUCAACUUGACGACCAAAUUCAUAUUGAUCCGGACUCAAAUGCCGUUGUCAGAUUGACCAAAGUAAACGGGCAGGCGAAAUUGUUUGGACAUAUCAACAAUCGCAUGAUUUCUUAUCACGAGGAUGAAAAUAUCCACAAAUUAGCAGAUGAGAAUCUGUCCGAGGAGGUGUCUGACUACCUGGAAAUUCCUGAUGAAAUCAGACUCGCUCAUCCCCCCGUCGCUGUAAAUAGAUCCACCGACGCUGUCGUUACCGUAGAAUUGCUCAUCGUUGUCGACAAUAUGCUCACUUUACUCUUGGGAGGAGAUAUUAACAGGAUUAUAGAAUAUUACGCUAUAACUGUGAGAAGCGUUAACAACCGAUAUGCAACUAGCACGGAUCCCAGCGUUACCGUUAAGCUCGUUGGAAUUGUAGUAAUUCAGAACAUUGAAAAUCAACCGUUCAUCGAAAACCAUCGGAAAUUAAACGGAAAUUACGACCCCUUCGGUAUUCUACCCGACUUUGCGAGAUUUCUAGUCACAAAUGGAAGUGCCUUCCCUCUUCACGAUUUGGGAGCAUUGCUAACUGGUGUUAACAUGGGGUACGCUGGGGGAAUUGCUUAUCUAGGUGGAGCAUGCCAGGAAACUGUGAGGGCUUCCAUAAGUCGAGAUGAAGGAGCAACAUUUCGCGGGAUUGGGGUUCUAGCGCAUGAAAUGGGACAUAAUUUGGGCGCGCCGCAUGACGGUGAUGCCGCGUCAGGUACGGAUUCGUGUCCAAAUGCGGACCGAUACAUAAUGAGCACAGCGGGAGGAUUUGGUCCAAAUGGGUACAACUUUUCGACUUGUAGUAGGACAAAUAUGAACACAUUUUUUGGAACUGCAACUGCCAACUGUCUCUAUUCUCAAGAGUCUCCAACCUGGCACACACCGUCGCCCCUCUUACCAGGCGAUUUGAUAAAUUUGGACGAUUUCUGCCGGGUUUAUCGCCCCGACGCAUACGUUUCGGAUACCCACACCCCUGACGAGCUGUGUCAAAAUGUACGGUGCAAGUAUCGUGCUCCAUGUGAACCACCAAAUGAACAUCUUGUAUGUAAUUGGGAUGUGACGCUGAAUCAGAUGGCACCAGAUGGCGUUUCCUGUGGGAUAGGCGGGAGAUGCACGCUUGGCAUGUGCCAAAAUUAG